AUGAGGAGAGGAGGUGGGGGGGUGGCCGCAGCGUCCCCUCUUACUAACCCCCACAUCCCCACCCCCAAUCAACCACCCUCCUUCAACCUCACCCCCCCUUUCAGCCGCCCCCUGGAACCGCACCCCCUCCUUCCCUUCCUUCCUUCACACCCCUGCCCCACCCACAGUUGUCUUUGCCCUGUCCUUCACACGGCAGCCAACCCUCCCAUCCCCCCGUCCCUGCUACCUACCCCCCACACUAGCAGCUGCGGGAGGGGAGAGGCAGGGCAGAGGGUGGUUCUCUGCUGGCGGGGUUCUCUGCUGGCGGGGUUCGCUGCUGGCGGGGUUCUCUGCUGGCGGGGUUCUCUGCUGGCGGGGUUCUCUGCUGGCGGGGCUCGCUGCUGGCGGGGUUCUCUGCUGGCGGGGUUCUCUGCUGGCGGGGUUCUUUGCUGGCGGGGUGCUGGUGCUGGCGGCUGGCGCUGUGCUCGUUCCUGGUGUUGGCGGCUGGUGCUGGUGCUGGUUCCUGGUGUUGGCCGCUGGCGCUGGUGCUGGUUCCUGGUGUUGGCGGCUGGCGCUGGUGCUGGUUCCUGGUGCUGGCGGCUGGCGCUGGUGCUGGUUCUUGGUGCUGGCGGCUGGCGCUGGUGCUGGUUCCUGGUGCUGGCGGUUGGCGCUGGUGCUGGUUCCUGGUGCUGGCGGCUGGCGCUGGUGCUGGUUCCUGGUGUUGGCGGCUGGCGCUGGUGCUGGCUCCUAGUGCUGGCGGCUGGCGCUGGUGCUGGUUCCUGGUGCUGGCGGCUGGCGCUGGUGCUGGUUUCUGGUGCUGGCGGCUGGUGCUGGUGCUGGUGCUGGUUCCCGGUGCCUGGUGCUAGUGCCUGGUGCCUGGUGCUGGCGGCUCGUGCUGGUGCUAGUGCCUGGUGCCUGGUGCUGGUGCCUGGUGGUGAUGGGGCGCGACGGGUGGGACGAGCAGGAGACGGGCUACAGGCUGGGCGGGAUCUGACGGUAGGAGGCGCGCAAGCGCUGGUGCGAUCGCCGUCGCUGACCUCAUUACCCACCUCCGCACCGGUGACACCCGCUACCGCGCUGCGCUUCCUGCCGAGUUCUGUGCCAAGAACCCCCCCCCCUAUGUACAUCACCCUCUACUACCUCGUCACCCGACUCCCUGACUCCCUUCGCUCGGUCAGGGACCACUUCCUCUCUCUUUGCCCCACCACGCUCACCGUUGACCUCCUCGAGGAGCGCCUCCUUGCAGGUGAGAAGAGUAUAGUCACUGUAGGAGCCUCUCGUGGUAACCUUCGUGCCCCUUUCUUUGAGGGGUGCUCCCCUGUCCCCCUUUUUCCCUCUGUUGCCUCUGCUGCUGCUGGCACCGAGUCGGUCGGAGCUGCGUCUGCUCCUAGUCGGAGACGCCGCAGCGGCAAGGGCAAGGGGGGCAAGGGUGGUGGAGGGGACGGCGGGGGAGGCGGUGGUGGCGGCGGUGGUGGUGGUGGAGGAGGUGGAGGGGGUGGGGGUGGAGGUGGGGGUGGCGGCGGGAGUGGGGGCUUCGGUGGCGGUGGUGGAGGUGGAGGCGGCGGCGGCAGCGACAGUGGGGGUGGAGGCGGCGGUGGUGCUGGUCGAGGUGGAGCUGUGCAGCGGGGAGGCUUUGGAGGUGGCCAGCGCCAGCAGCAGCAGCGUUCUCGUGAGACCCCGUCGCCCCAGCAGCUUCGAGAGUGGUACGCUGGGCGUGGGAGGUCUGGGGGUGCUGGUCCCUGUGCUUACAUUCUCCGCAUCAGUGAACGCAGUUGGGAGACGUGCGGCCUGCCGCACGCUACGCACCGCUGCUUUGGCCGUCUGACUGACGCUUGGCGUGCACAGUUUCCUGACGCCAUUGAGCUACCUCGUUGGGGUGAUCUGCUUAGUGCUGAGGGUGACUGUUACCUGUGUGUUCUGCCCGACCCAAGCAUUGAGGCUGCUGCUCUAGGUGCUAGUGAGUCUGCUGCUCGAGGUGCUGGUGAGGCUGUUCUCUCAGGUACCGUGUCGGCUCAGGUCUUGCACACUUUCACCCUUGACUUAGGUGCUUCCCGUUCCUUCUUUCGUGACUGCACCACACUCACGCCGCUCAGUCAGCCAGUGGCAGUCUCCCUGGCUGACCCCUCUUGGGGUCCGGUCCUUGCGCACUCCUCCACGGUUCUGCCAUGUCCGGCGGUCCCGUCUGGCUCCCUGUCCGGUCUCCACCUCCCCUCGUUCUCCACGAACUUGGUGAGUGGAGCUGACCUUCAGGACGUGUGGGUUGACCAGUUCACUCCUGGAGGUCAGCGGGUGUGUCCCAAGUAG